AUGUUAACUCAAGAUGAACAUAGAGAGGCAUGUAGAGUUUACAUGCAAAAAUAUAGAAGUAAACCAGAGAAUAGAGAAAAGAUAAGACAACAAAAUGCAGAAUAUAGAAAAAGAAAGAAGCAAGAAUCAAUUAGACAAGUUACAGAGAUUGGAUCAUUAGAAACUACUCUCGAUAGUCAAAACUCUAGAAUCAGUCAAUUGGAAAAACAAUUGAUUGAAUCAAAUUUUAAAGUUAAUUUAUUUGAAAAAGAAAAAUUAAUACCAAAAAAUUAUUUAAAUAUUAUCAACACUUUAAGAUUACAAUUAACCAAUGCUCAAAAUGAAAUUGAAGAACAAAAGAAUACAAUUUCAUUCAAUCAUCAACAACAACAAUCACUUCAACAUCAAUUACAAUCUUUACAAUUACAACAACAACAACAAUUGGAAUUAAUAAAUGCUUAUAGUGGUGCCACUAAUAAUAAUAGCAAUAAUAAUUUAACAUCACCAUCUUCAACUAGUUCAUUUUCAUUACCACCAACUCCAACUUCUUCAAAUGUUCCAUUACAACCAUCAUUUCAAAGUUCAUUCUCUGCUAUGAAUAGUUUAACAAAUGAACAACUUCAACCACAAUCACAAUCACAAUCACAAUCACAAUCACAAUCACAAUCACAAUCACAAUCACAAUCACAAUCACAACAACAACAACAACAACAAAAACAAUCACAAAAUGUAAAUAAAAAACAAAAGAUAGUUGGAUUAUUUAAUCAAGAAUCUAGUCCAUCCUCGUCAUCAUCAUCACCAUCAUCAUUUUCAAGUCCACCAUCAUCUCCUUCACUUCAAUAUCUUCCAUACUCUCCAGCUUUACCAAAUUCAAUGACAAAUUCUCCAUCACCUACUCCAAGUGUAAGCGGUGGUGGCGGUAGUAGUGCUGUAUCAACUCCACAAAUUUCUUCAAAUUAUUCCAAUACAAGUACUGGUAGUUUAUCCUCUCUAGUUCCUUUUGAAGAAAAUGGCUCAAAUAUUGUUUCAUUUAAACAAACUAAUCAUUUCACUCUAGAUCUCUUAUGUGAGGUACUUCAAAGCGAAAAAUCUUUACAGCAUACCACCAUCACCUUUCCAAGAAAAAAGAAAUUUUGGUGA